AUGCACGUGAAGUUGUGUAACCAAUCGAAGAAGGUGCGAUGUUGUGCGAAAGACCCCACCUCUAACCACAACUAUAGUAUAUAUUCGAAACUCAUCCAUUAUGGGUAUGAUAAAGAACAGAUUCCUGCUUAUUCUUCUGUUAGGCCUGACAAGCAUCUUGUCGUACUACCCGUUUCACUCCGAACAGCACGUGCUCACUUUGAUGGCUGACGCACACAAAAUUCCAUCACCUCCCACUGUACAAGCGGAAACACGUCCGCCACCAUUCAUUGUCGAAUCCCCGAAGCCGAAUCAAAAUACCCUUGUUCUACUUCAUGGUACAUCAUCCUGGGGAGUCCCGUUUGCACAAGAGCUCAUGGCGCUGGUUCACUUUGAUGUUCUACUCCCAUACACUAAACUCACUUUUCCAUCCGGAAUCCUGCGAAAGACUACUGUAUUUGGCGGAAAUUUGACCAACGCUUGGUUUGACAUUGCCGAUUUUUCAGACCGAACGAUAGGGGAAGAACAACAGAAAGAGGGGCUAAGAGAAAGCGUAGAGUAUUUGGGCAAUCUCAUUGAGGCUGUAGUGGACAAUGGAUCUCAUUACGAAGAUCGCAAAGUCUUUGUAGGAGGUCUUAGUCAGGGAUGUGCUAUGAGCGUGGUUUUGUUAUUGAGUGGGGAGUUGGAUCGAUUGGAAGUGUCACAGAAGAUUGGAGGAUUUGUAGGGUUUAGUGGAUGGUUGCCGUUUGCGAAACAAAUUGCUGAAGUUGCUGCUGCUGGAAAAGAUUGGAGACAAAGGAGAGUUCUUGUUCAGAGUUGGUUAAGACGCGAGUUAGGUCUCUCAUCUUUCCGACCCCGAGAUGAUAUGACGCUAUCUACGGAAGGAGACACGAGGAUUCUCUUAGCCCAUGGUACAAAUGACACGAAAGUGAAAUUGGAGUGGGGUGAAGAUAUGAGAAGAGUAUUGGAGAGUGUGGGGUACAGUGUUGAGUGGAAACUCUAUGAAGGUUUAGGACAUGUCAUUAUUCCAGAGGAACUGACUUACAUGGCGUCCUUCAUAAGAAAUAUAACAUCCAAUUCUAUUCCACAAGAACAGUUUACCCCAUUCUCUGAUAUCUCCAUAGCUAUGAGUGGCACUUCAAAGAAAAAUACCUCAGUUCCCAUUCACUGGAAACUCCUGGAACACAAACUGAUCUGGGAUAUUGAAGAACGAGCAAAAGAGAUUCUUGAUACCAUUGGAGAGAGCGAAGCAGACUUUCUUCUCUACAUCUCUCAACUUGCAUUGCUGCGACUCCAGCUCGGCAACAGCAUCCGUGAAAUAGGCCCACGUUUAUCUGAACCUGAAGAAGACAACAUUUCUCAACAGAUAGACAAGUAUAAAGACGAGCCAAAGGUGGAAAGAUUGCGCAAACUCAUCGAUGGCCACAAAAGAACUCCAAUAUUGGAAGAUAAACCGGCUAAAAAGCUAGACAAAAAGACGGUUAACAACGUCAUAAAUGUUCACAACGCUGUAGAUCAUCUAAAAGCUAGAAAGGAAGAUAAAUCUGGAAAGCAAGAUACUGCUGGAAAGGAAAGUAAAAGACACAGGUAA